GAAGGAUAUGAUAGAGCAGUUUAUGUUUUUCUGUUUUAUAAAAGUGGCGGUAAAAAUAAUAUGUAAAAGUUUUCCUUGUAAAACUGAGUGAUAAUUUCACUAUUCAAGUCAACUUUUGGCAUUUCUCUCAGAAAAACAGGAAACAUUUCAUCCCAAAUAACAAGAGAUGGCGUGUGUCAUAGGGCCUAAUCAUUGUAUUUAACCCCCUGUAUGCAGAGAAGAAGUGUUUGUGCUUCAAUCUUCAGCAGACAGCGUGUAUCAGAUUGAUCAUAUUUUAUUGAUCGAAAAAAAUGGCAACACAGAGGAUCUUUAUUUGUGGAAUUCUUAUCUUAGUAACAGGCGUUUUGAGAGAGAAUAUUUGGUUUGUGAGGUCUGUUUGCCUCCAGGAUGUAUUGUCAUUCUACACCGGUAAAAUGCGAUGUUCUUUUAGGAGGGGUGACUUCAACAGGAUUUUCUUAAAUAAUUCUAAAAGAUGUCAAAUCAAUUGUUCCAUUAAUUCAUCAGACCCAUCACAUUCUUCUUUGAAUGAUAGUGAAUAUGAAAUCAAAAGGAUAACAGUUCGUUUUACAUCAACUGCAUAUGAGUUUCCUCUCAAACCAUCGUGCUCAGACGGUGACAUUGAGAAUUUUUACAUUGAUUUAGAUUGUGAAGGCGAAUAUUUACAUGAUCGUGGAAUAGGAGAGCGCUGUGUCAAUGCCAGUCAGUGUGUGAGUGUCAACGUUAAUUCCACUUGUAAUGAGACAAUCGGACUGUGUCAGUGUAAGACAGGGUACCAGUGUUUAUCAGGGACGAGCACCAGUUUACCAGAAUUUUUUAACACAGCUCCAAGACUUGGGGGGCAGUGCAACAAUUCCAAACAAUGCAAAGAUGUUGACCAGUUUUCAGUGUAUAGCGGAGAAGAAAGGAGCGACAACUCUGCAUUAGUAUUUGGAGUCGGGAUAGCUGGAUUUGUGCUAGGAGUUGCAGUUUGUGGGUUGCUUUACAUCAUCAUGAUUCGGUACAGAAACCGACACCAAGCAAGCAGGUCAGACAAACGCAGAGAAGAUUGCACGGAACAGGGAACCGUCCUGGUGUCUCAGACCUCGACUCCACACCCGAAUUACAAUAAAACCUUAUGUGAUAACGUCGAAGGAAAUGAUGUUUACAAUCACUUACAUGAAGACCCUAAUGAGGUAUGUGUACCGGACUAUGACCAUGUCCCACCACAAGUCGAGGAGAACGGCGAUUACAGUCACAUGACAACACGCAAUGCACAUAGCUCUGACAUUGCUGGAGAAUACGGAAAGAUCAGUUAGAUGAUUGCAGUUUUGUUUUAUAUUCUUUUGUUUAAACUUUUUUAUUCAUAAAUCAUUAAACGAAUGAUAAUUUUUUGAAGAGAACAUCAAUUGUAUUUUGUUUACAUGCACCAUGUAAAAGAUUGUUCGAGCUGAAAAGAAUGCACAGGUAGAAGAUCGCAAAUACAAGAUGCUUCAACUGUUUCUUAUGGUACAUGUAAUAUAUUGGAGCAAACGCAUGAGAGAGAGAGAGAGAGAGAGAGAGAGAGAGAGAGAGAGAGAGUUUAACGUUAAAUAUUCGGUUUCUCUAGCUACAUGUAAUAAGGUUUUUUUGAUAUUAUAAUGUUUCAUGGUAACUAUACUCGGUUAAGAUUGCAAACAAGCUUGAGAAGCAUCAGUUGUAUAUUGAGUGACGUUGCAUUAGACCAUGUUACACAAUACACAUGUAGUUAAGUCAGUCAAACAGUUUUCAAAUUAAGUAUCAUUUAUUCCUAGAUAGUGCUGUAACAUUUAUCGCACACGCUACUUUUUAUGAAAAUAUAUGAUGUUUUAUUAAUGAACCAUAGCAUAGUCUUUUAUCCUUUUUAUUGAUUUUUGAAAGAAAUUAUUUCUGAUUUGUAUUUUUCCUAUUAAAUAUUGCUUUUAAAAAUCAUCUUUUUUCUAUCUGUUCGUACCUACUCACUAGUACAAUAAUCCAUACUGUUAUAAUAACUUGCUGGUAAUGAGAUGUUGAAUUUGGUCACUAAAGUUACUACGAUAAAAAUAAUUCAGAUUAUUAUGGUUGAUUCAUAUUUUGGCAUUGGUCUCUACCUUUAUUUGAGGAACAUAAACACUUAAAUAUUCAAUAUGAUUAAAAAUGUAAAAUGUAUAAAUCAUUCGAGUAUGCCCUUUUAAUUCAAACGUUUGCUUAAUAAGCGGUGUCUAAGGAAAAUUUAAAAAAAAACAAUGCUGGAGGUUUUUUCGUGUUUCUAUGACGAACGUAAACAUUUCACUUUCUUUUGAAAUCUUAUAAAAGCACUAACCGUAGAUUUGGUUGAGUAAAUUAUCAAUAAGUGUGUUUGCUCGAAUACAUAUUAUACAUGUACGAAUUAUUAUAUUCUGCUCAGCAGCGUAACAUUUU